AUGACUGAAAUUCAGGAAGAAGAUGACAAAUUUUUAUCAAAAGAAAUAAAAAUUCCUGAAAAUAAUGAGAAAAAAGGAUUAUGGAGAAAUUUAACUGCAUUUUGGAUUCUUGGACUUUGCAAUAAUUUCGGAUAUGUGGUAAUGUUAACGGCAGCUCAUGAUAUUAUUCAUGAUUUAUCUGCAGGAGAAAAUGGACCACAAACCGAUCCAGAUUUCAAACGUGAAUGCAAUAAAUUGUCGGCAGGAGUAAUUUUACUGGCAGAUAUUUUUCCAGCUUUAUGCGUGAAACUUGUGGCGCCUUUUUUACCAUUUUAUAUUUACUUUCAAAUGACGAUUUGUGUGCUUUUAUCAGUUGGUUCAUUUAUUCUCGUUGCCUAUGCUGAAGCUGUUUGGAUUGCCAUCAUUGGAGUUAUUUUGACGAGUAUCAGUGCCGGAUUAGGAGAAGUCACUUUAUUGAGUUACACGAGCAGAUUUAACAAAAAUUCAGUAUCAACAUGGAGCUCAGGAACAGGCGGAGCAGGAAUUUUCGGGUCACUUUCUUACUCGGCGAUGACUCAAGCGGGUUUAAGUACUAAAAGUACUUUGCUGAUAAUGACUUUUGUGCCGAUUUUGGAAGCUGUUGUUUUUAUAUUUUUGCUUGAACAUCCCAAAAAUGCAGAAAAUUGUGAAAAAAUUCCUUUACAAAAGUCAAAAAAUGAUCCAGAUUCAAAGGAAACUGAAGCUGAAAAAAAUCUUGUGACUUUUUUCGAUAAAUUACGUUACAUUCCAUCGUUAUUCAAGUACAUCAUCCCUCUUCUCCUUGGAAACAUUUGCGACAAUCUCAUAAAUCAAGCAUUUUCUGAGCUCAUCUACUUCAACAACAUCUUCCUCGACCAAAAAGCGCAAUAUCGCUGGUAUCAAGUAACUUACCAGAUUGGAGUUUUCAUCUCGAGAAGUUCCGUUAACGUCUUUAAAGUGCGUUUAUUGUGGCUGAUGGCAGUUUUGCAAGGCAUCAAUGUCGUUUUGUUCUCGUUGGAAGCAGUUUUUUGGUUCAUUCCGAGCAUUUGGAUCGUUUUUGCCUUCAUCCUGUGGGAAGGAUUGCUUGGCGGAAGUGCUUAUGUCAACACAUUUUACAGAAUUUCAGAAGAAAUCCCACCCGCAAAUCGCGUUUUCGCAAUAAGUAUCACUGCAUUUUCAAAAACUGCGGGAAUAGCUCUUGCUGGAUGGCUCGCGAUGCCAACUCAUAACGCCAUAUGCAAAGUCCCGACCCCAAAUCGGCUUAAUUGACGUUUAAGGAUAACAAAAGAAGCAU